AUGUUCUCCGGGUACAUCAACGUCGGUGCAGGUCAGAUGUUCUACUGGUUUGUGGAGUCACAGCAAGAUCCAGCACAUGCACCGCUGAUUCUUUGGACCAAUGGCGGGCCUGGCUGCAGUGGGUUGGCUGGCUUCCUUACGGAGCAAGGGCCUUUUCGGGUCCGACCAGAUGGGGAAACAUUGACCUUGAACCGCUACGCCUGGAACAAGAUUGCGAACAUGGUCUUCAUUGAGCAGCCUGUGGGCGUCGGUUUCUCAAAGGCAAAUGACGGAACUCAGUACGGGGACCAGCAAUCAGCGGAAGCCAACUUCAAAUUUGUGCUUGGCUUCUUCGAGCGGUAUCCGGAGUACAAGACCAACGACUUCUACAUCUCCUCGGAGUCUUAUGGCGGGCAUUACAUGCCUACGCUGGGCAAGCUGCUUGCUGACCGAGAUGAUGUUCCCACCUUCCGUGGGAUUUUCCUGGGCAACCCGCUGACGUACAUGAAAUACAGAGACUAUGGACAGUACGGAACGGCCUGGGGUCAUCAACUGCUGCCGGCUCCCUUGUGGCGGCAGUAUGAGGCAGCAAGCUGCGCAAGCACCUUCCCAGCUUCGGAGGAGUGCAAGAAGGUGACUGCUGAGAUGGACAAAAUCCUAUCGGGCUUUGAUGUUUAUGCCCUGGACUUUCCAAAAUGCGACAGAGCAGCCGCAGCCGGCCAGCAAGAACGUCUGCAGUUGAUGCGGCAAGUGAAUCUUGCAAAAGGCGAUGUUCCGCCUCCCUACCAGCCCUGCGCCAGUGACCAUGGGGAGAAGUACCUGAACUUGCCUGAAGUACAGACAGCUAUCCAUGCCCAGCACACUCAUUGGGCAGAUUGUGCGAAUUCCGUGGGCAGCGCCUACAACUCCACAGAUCUCAAUCAGCCAAUGAUGCCAUACUGGCAGCACCUGAUCCAGAAGGGCAAUCUCAAUCUCAUGAUCUACUCUGGCGACGAUGACGCUGUCUGCGCCACCCUAGGGUCCCAGCAAUUCGUGUGGGAUUUGGGAUAUGAGCCCGUUGAAGGGAAGUCCUGGGUUCCCUGGACAGUCCUGGGCCAAACGGCCGGAUUCCGAACAGAUUUUGCCGUCCCCGCCGCAGCGGGGGCCAAGGCCUCCUUCGCCUUUGUGACCGUCCACGGCGCUGGGCACAUGGUGCCUGCCACGCAGCCGGCAAGGUCCUUGUCGCUGUUGAAGAAGUUCCUGGGCCUGGACAUCGAAGAAGCCACGCUUCUGGCCAAGUGA